GGGUCUUCUGGUGAAGAUAGACUGAACGACCUGAAACGAUCGACGCGAGAGGAAGAAGAAAAGACCGUGGUAGUGUAGCGAAUAAAUGUUUGUGUGUGCUUAUUAUGUAUGGACGGGGCCCUGUCGGCCAAAAAUAAGGGGCGGGUGCCGAUCCGGGCGGGAGUGGAGUCCCACUGCUACCCGACCCCCUGAUUAUUCGUCUCAACUGCCAAGUUUAACAUGUUCGCACUUCGCAAAGACUCCCAAGAGUGCAUUGUGGUCCCAGCUCAUUUCUAUCCCUUUCGGAUUCGCCAUUACCUCUUUCAUCGGCAUCAUCGCGUCAUCUUCCUCGACUGUUAUCUUUGGCACUACCAUCUGGAAUCCGCCGGAACUGCUGUCUCAGUUCCUUGUCGGCGCAAGCUCUGGUGAGCGGUUCGGCAUUUUCAUUAUUGCUAGCGGCUUCACGCUGGCCCAACUGGGAACAAAUAUUGCUGCAAACUCGGUUUCUGCUGGCACCGACAUGACGGCACUGCUACCGCGUUUUCUCAACAUCCGUCGUGGAGGGUAUAUCUGCAAGUACCCGUAAGCGCCUUUGGAAGGCUGGCAGUUUGAUGACAAUUCACGCUCAUCAUGGGACAUACUGUGGACUUGUCUUUCAGCCAUCCUUGCCUGUACCUGGACAGCUCUGCAUCUAUCAGUCCCAAAGAACCGCCAGCCAGAAUGGAGAGCCUUUACCCAGAAAGUGCUAAUCUGGCUAUUCGUCGUCGUA